AUUAAAGAGCCGCGCGGAUAUUAAGCGCACACGCAGAGCGCAUCAAUGAAGUCUGAUGAUGAUGAUCCGCGCGCGCAGAAUGUUUCUCUGUGCAGUCUUGAUUGUGCCGUUGGUCCUGUCGGCUGGCGCUUCGUCGGAUGAAGAGCGCUCGUAUAAACGCACGGAUCCGGUAACCGGACAGAUUCUCGUGUGCCGUCGCUGUCCACCGGGCUCCCGCCUGCGCGCGCACUGCACGAGCUCGAGUCCGACGCAGUGCGUCCCGUGCGGCGCGGGCCUGUACACGGAGUUCUGGAACUUCAUCCCGAACUGUCUGCUGUGCGACGCGUGCGCGGACCUGCAGCGCGUCGUGCGGAGCUGUAACGCGACGACGAACACAUUGUGUGAAUGCGAGCCCGGAUUCUUUUGGGAGCAGCACUUCUGUCGGAAACACGCGACGUGUAAACCGGGACACGGGGUCAAGACUCAAGGGAGUCCACACAGGGACACAGUGUGUGAGCUGUGCCCAGACGGACAGUUUGCUGACAUCACACAAACAUGUGCACCGUGCGUUACACACAGCGUCUGUGCGACACAUGAGCAGCUCCUGAUACCUGGAUCCAAGUGGCAUGAUAAUGUGUGUGCCACGUGUGAUCACAUCACAACUCGAGGUUGGCUGGAUUUAUUCAGACCGAUUGUCUCGGGUCUGUUCGUUCAGCAGCGGAUGCCCAUCCAGCGGCUGCAGCGCUUCAUGGGUCAGAGACUGCGCAGUCAGACGGACAGAAGAGCGGUGGAUGAGAGGAUUCAACAGUGGAUCAGUGGAGCAUCAGAUGAGGAACUGCUCAAACUGCCCAACAUGCUGGAGAAAUCACGUCUGAAUCUGCUCGCAGACAAAAUCAGACAGAAACUCAACAGAUUUCAGAUGUUUGCUACUCGCUGCACUAACAACCUCAUAAAACACUAACUUGUCUGACCACUGUUACACACACACAAACACACACACUCUACUAAAGGACCUUGACGUUGUUGUGUGUUCUUUGUGAACUAGUCAAUUUGUUGAAUGACUUCUUUCUUAGGUCAUGUUGUAGUUGUAAUACUGUAGUUGAACGAUACCUUUAUCUUUUAUUUGUGUACAAUAUGUUUUAUAGUGCCAUCGAUGAUGUGAUGGGGAUGAUCAUCAGUGAUUUUAUCCUUUGCACUCAUGAAUUGAUUGUGUCUUAAAAAAGUGAGAGAGUUCUUAACUUUGUUUUAUUUAUUUUUUUAACUGCACUGCCUACAGUAAACCUCAGAACACAGCUGUGUGUAACCUAUGAAAUAAAUGGAUGCACAAACAGUG